UGCCCAUAGCAAGUCUCUCGGUUUUCCUUUUACAUUGGAACUUCAUACUCUCUCUCCUCCAACAUAACUUCUUCAUCUUCUCCUUUUUCUUUUUCUUUCUGUCUAAAGAGUUUUUCAAGUCUUCCAUUGAGGCUCCUCACACUUUGAGUUUUCACUUGGGACGUGGGAAAAUCUAUUAAAAGCGAUUAUAAUGGAAGAACAUUUCAUGUAGAUGCUCUUCUACUAUAUGCUCUAUUCACUUCUGGUUUUUUCAGCAGUUCUGAAUUAUGCAAGGAAGCAGUCCAGAGUAAUAAGUGAUUUAGCAUAAAACAAAUUGAGAAACAGUCAUGAAGUUUAUGAAACUGGGAUCUCGUCCAGAUACCUUUUACACUGCCGAGUCUGUAAGGACAAUCUCUUCUGAAGUUUCAAGUGACAUCAUAAUUCAAGUUAAAGGAACUAGAUAUCUUCUUCACAAGUUUCCGCUAUUGUCCAAAUGUUUGCGCCUGCAAAGGCUGUGCUCUGAGAGUUCUGAUUCUCCUCAGCACCAAAUAGUCCAACUCCCUGAAUUUCCUGGUGGGGUGGAAGCAUUUGAGCUGUGUGCCAAGUUCUGCUAUGGCAUAACCAUCACUCUCAGUGCAUACAACAUUGUAAGUUCGCGUUGCGCCGCGGAAUAUUUGCAGAUGACUGAGGAUGUUGAGAAGGGGAAUUUGAUUUACAAGCUUGAUGUUUUCUUUAAUUCUUGCAUCCUUAAUGGCUGGAAGGAUUCCAUUGUGACUCUACAGACCACCAAAGCAUUGCCUUUGUGGUCAGAGGAAUUGGCAAUUACCAGCAGAUGCAUUGAGGCCAUUGCCUCGAAGGUCUUAAGCCACCCCUCAAAGGUGAGUUUAUCACACAGUCACUCCCGGAGGGUAAGGGAUGAUGUGUCUUCCUGCAAUGGAACCGAAAGUCUGAGACACAAAUCAGCAAGCAAGGGAUGGUGGGCUGAGGAUUUAGCAGAUUUGAGUAUAGACCUGUACUGGAGAACCAUGAUAGCUAUCAAAUCUGGUGGCAAGACACCCUCAAAUCUCAUUGGUGAUGCAUUGAAGAUUUAUGCAUCUAGAUGGCUACCGAAUAUCAGGAAGAAUGUGCAUGCCAAGAGGGAGACUGAAUCUGACUCGGAUGAAGAUUCAGAUUCCGCGAGUGAAGCAACUUCAAAGCAUAGACUGCUUUUGGAAUCGAUUGUGAGCUUGCUUCCAGCAGAAAAAGGUGCUGUUUCUUGCAGCUUCCUUCUUAAACUGUUAAAGGCAGCCAAUAUUCUCAAAGCUUCGGCUUCUUCAAAGGUGGAAUUGGCCACAAGAAUAGGACUUCAACUGGAGGAGGCCUCGGUUAAUGAUCUUCUAAUACGCUCAGUGUCUAGGACAAAUAAUAUGAUGUACGAAGUGGACUUGGUUAUGACCAUAUUGGAACAAUUUAUGUUGCAAGGUCAGAGUCCACCAACCAGCCCUCCAAGAUCAAGGUUGACCAUUGAAAGGAGAAGGUCUCGUUCGGCAGAGAACAUUAACUUCGAGUUCCAAGAGAGUCGGAGGUCCUCCUCAGCUUCUCAUAGCUCAAAACUGAAGGUGGCAAAGCUAGUGGAUAGGUACCUUCAGGAGGUUGCCAGGGAUGGGAAUUUGCCUCUCUCAAAAUUCAUUGCUCUUGCUGAAACUAUACCAGAUUUUGCAAGACAUGAUCAUGAUGACCUGUACAGAGCAAUUGACAUUUAUCUAAAGGCACAUCCAGAGCUGAAUAAGAACGAAAGGAAGAGACUAUGUCGAAUUCUAGACUGCAAAAAGUUGUCUAUGGAAGCUUGCAUGCAUGCAGCACAGAAUGAGCUACUUCCCCUAAGGGUGGUUGUCCAAGUUCUCUUCUUUGAGCAAGCACGAGCAGCAGCAGCUGGUGGCAAAGUGACUGACAUGCCAAGCAACAUCAAGGCAUUACUCACCGCUCAUGGCAUUGACCCAUCAAAACACACAGCACCAUUGAGCACCACAACAAGUAUACAUGCUGAUGACAAUUGGAGUGUUUCUGGAUUCAAGUCACCAAAGUCAACAAAGAACCCAACUCUCAGAAUGAAGCUAGCUGAGGAUGACUUGGAUGCAAAUGUUGUGCCUCGUGAUGAAAUUGGGAGAACUUCUAGAUUUAAGGGUCUACUUGCUCUUCCUACUCAGCCCAAACGCAUGUUUAGCAAGUUGUGGGCUACCAACAGAACUGCCACCGAAAAGAAUUGAGUAAAUUUUUUCGAUUUUUCAUGAUGGGGAUGGGAAAUUUAGGGGGUAACAUAUACUAUAUUUUUCUCUUUUGCAUAAGGUCCUGUAAGUUAUAACAUGUAGGGAAAAUCAGCGAAUCCAAAUGUGCAUUGUUCGUGUAACCUAUAAUAAUAAGAAAUGAGAAUUUUCACAUGAGGGGAAAUCUCUUUGGUA